AAAAUAUCUUGAGAACAGGACUUUUAUUUCCUCAUUCUCAAAUUUUAUUUUCAAUUGAUAACCUUUAAUCAAUGAGAAUAACAGGUGUAUAGACGCAAAACGCUUCUUCAGGAAAACUAUCUUUCAGAUUUACUUCUUUCAAUCCAGAAUGAGUCUAAGAAAUUUUGACAACAUUCCUGUUAUGCGAAAACCUGAUGAAUCUCCAGGAUUUUAUCUAAACAAACUGGAGAGAUUAAUCGAAGAGAAAUAUAAAACAAAAUUCAAUAAUUAUUGGGAAUUUCACAAAUGGACAACUGACCAUCUAUCUGAAUUCUGGUCCGAAUUUUGGGAUUUUACUGGAAUAAUACAUUCGAAGAGAUUUGAUGAGGUGAUAGAUUGCACAGUUCCUAUGUCCGAUUUUCCCGAAUGGUUUAAAGGCGCUAAGCUUAACUUUGCAGAAAAUCUUCUGAAAUUCAGAGAUAACCGUACAGCUAUAAUAGAAGCAGGUGAAGAUAAAGAACCCAGAUACAUUACAUUCGCUGAAAUGUAUGAAGAAUCUAAAUUGUAUGCUGCUGCAUUUAGGAAAUUUGGCAUUAAGAAAGGAGAUGUUGUUGCAUGCUAUGUGUCUAAUCGACCAGAACCACUUUUCGCAAUGCACGCUACAGCAAGUAUUGGGGCAAUAUGGACAGGAGCUCUACCGCUUUUUGGAGCGCAAGCUGUCCUGAACCGCUUGAAGCAAGUGAGUCCAAGGAUCUUGUUAACCAUCGACAGGUUUCCUAACGACAGAGAAGAAAUAGACAUGCUUCCGAAAAUAAAAGAAAUUGUUAAUAAUUUACCAUCUGUGGAAAAAGUCAUAAUUAUUCCCUCGAAGAAAGAAUCUAAACAGAAAGAUAUAAGCAACAUUCGAAAUAGCUGCUUUCUAGACGAAUUUUUGAAGCUUGGAAUGGAUGAAAACGGAUCUGUUCCGGAAAUGGAAUUUGAACAAGUCUCAUUUUCACAUCCUGUUUUCAUAAACUUUACAUCUGGAACAACUGGUUUACCAAAGGCCAUGAUGCACGGGAGUGGAGCUUUAAUGCCCACUGCUAAGGAUUUUUGGAUACAGAUGGAUUCUGACAGAGACAGCAUUUGGUUUUCCAUGUCUCCGGUAGGAUGGGUAUCGUGGAAUAUGACUUGUGCCCUCCAUUUCUGUGGAAUCGGUGUACUUUUGUAUGAAGGCGUUCCUUACUAUUUAAGUCCAACCUACUUUUGGGACUUGGUGGCCGACCAUAAACUCACCCAUCUGUUUCUCCCAGCCAAUGUCGCAGAUGAUUUAGAGAAAUUCGGAUACAUUCCAACGGAAAGGCAUGAUCUGAGCCAUCUUAAGGCUGCUAUGGCAGGAGGAAGCAUUGUAAAACCUCAAGCAUACGACUUCUUUUAUAAAACUGUCAAGAAGGACAUAUUCUUUUGCGCAACUUAUGGUAGCACAGAAGUGACUGGAACUUGCAUCUCUAUGGAGAAGUCAGUGCCGAUAUAUCGAGGGGAGAGCCCGGUUGCUGCGAUAGCAGUAGAUAUGCAAUGCGUUAAUGAGAAAGGUGAACCCGUCGAAGGCGAAUAUGGAGAACUGAUUAUAGCAAAGCCUGCACCAUUUUUACUUCUAGGAUUAUGGGGUGAUACAGACGGAUCUCGCGCUAGGAAAAGUUAUUACGAAAAAUUUUCAGGAAAAUUUGCAAUGGGUGAUUUUGCUGUUGUUAAUCCAGUCACAAAAGGAUUUGUUAUCUGCGGGAGAAGUGAUGAUACUCUAAAGCAAAGAGGCACACGGUUUGGUUCGUCAGAAAUUUAUAAUGCAGUGGAUGUAUUCGUUGAAGUUCGGGACUGCAUUUGCGUUUCGCAAUAUAACAAAGACCUAGAUGAAAGAGCAGUACUUUUUCUCAAAAUGAAUGAAGGCUUCUCCUUUAAUGACGACAUCGUAAAGAGGAUAAAAGAAGCAAUCACCAAAGAGCUCACAUCCGCACACAUACCAGACGUUAUACUGGAAAUUCAAGACAUUCCUUAUAGCAUCAAUGGAAAGAAAAUGGAAAUAAUUGUGAAGAAUAUUAUAAACAAGAGACCAUACAACACAGAUAACGUCAUGAAUCCAGAAUGCUUGAAGAAUUUCUGUAAUAUACCAAUACUGCAAGAAGACUUUUAAUGUUUCCUCAUUCAGUUGUAUUUUUUUCAACACAUCAAUUCUAAAAACGCAGAAUUAUUGGAUCUAACCGCUAUGUACAAAUAAAUUUUCUGUUAAA